AUGUCUAAACAUAAUAUAUCUGUUCACAAGCCUAUUUACGAUAUAUUUUCUAGACGAUCCAAUAUAGAUCAACUCGAUAAUAAAGAGAGACCAUUUGGUAAAAGAGUUACACCAAAAAAGUUGGUAAUCUCUAAGAAAAUUCAUUCGUACCAUUCCAAAAAUGGUAAAAGUUGUUCCACCGGUAUCAUAAAUGAUAAAAGUAAGUCCACAGUGAUUAGACCGAAGAAAACAACAAAAUCUGAUGUGCGUAUUCAUCAAAAGUCAAGCGAAAGGGACUCGUUUGAUAUUUGUAAGAGAUGUGGCGAUGCCAAUGCUGAACACAAACUCGAUUUUAAUUCUCAUAACGUUAAUAAUAAUUUAGAACAUGCUUCUGUCUCAAGAUUCAAUCCGCAUCCUAAACCAAACACAUCGAAACCAAAAUUAAAUAAUCCAUCAUUCGAUGAAAGAUCAAAUCAUCGAAUUAAAAGAUCAAAAUCACUAAAACAAUGUUACAGAAAUGACAAUUUCAAACCAUCGUCUGAAUCAGUUGGUGAAAUUGAAACCGCCAUGAAAAGAACAUCACUGGAUACGAUUAAAGAAAUACCUGAAAUUAUUAGAUCAGUGAUUACAGAGGAUGAAGCAAGUGAUGUUUCAGACAUAUUCAACAUCGAUACAAACUCGGAAGUACUUGGAUAUUUGGACGUAAACGACGAAGCAAGUAUAAAGAAAUUAAAAGAAUUCAGAGAUAAAAACUAUUUUGAGUGUCAUUCAGCUAAAUCUAGAAUUGAAAGUAAAGUAAGCGUUACUAGUCUAACCGAUCACAAAUGCACAUACAGAUUCUAUUUAAAUGAUCGUUUAUUCCCUAUACCAAUAAGCACUGACCACCAAAACAAUAUAAGAUGCGUCGAAUGCCAUCUACCAAUGGAUGUGAAGAAUAAAGUUGAUAAUAAAAUAAACGGCGCAAUACAAGCGAAAGUGAAAGUGGGAGAUGUUACACGAGACACAGUACUAUUUCUACCGAUCAAAGAUCAUCUAAUAAUAAAAGAGAGAAAGAAAGAGAAGAAAAAAGAAGACGAUCUCUUCUAUUUUGGUGUUGUAAAGUUGAGUUGUGAUGGUAAUUCUAUUUUUAAUCCAAACACUCCUUCCAAUUCUUUAGCGUUGAGAUACCAGAAGGGUUAUAAAGAAUACAGGAAUCGUGUUUAUAGAUUUGAAAACGUAGACCAAGGAGAUGUUAUUGUUAUUUAAUGUAUAUUACCUAUGAAUAAAUAUGCUUUAAAAUAAUUACAUUUUUAUAAAUAAAAAACUAAAUUUUGACUUUGUGUGGAACCAUUCAGAUACUAGUCUUUAUACGACAAUAUCACGUAACGUACGAAAAUAAAUUUAACACUUCGUUUCAUAAAUAAUUUAA